GACCUGCGCACGCAGCACAGCUCAGCUCAGCACAGCACAGCGCAGCGCGGCACAGGACCUCUGUACUCUGCGCUAAGGGGACGCCAGCCGGGCUCUCUCUCUCACUGCCUCUGCAUGACUGUCACAAAGAUGUCAUGGCGCCCGACAUACCGAAGCUCCAAGUUUCGAAACGUGUAUGGCAAAGUAGCCAACCGGGAGCAGUGCUUCGACGGCAUUCCCAUCACAAAGAACGUCCAUGACAACCACUUCUGCGCCGUCAACGCCAAGUUCCUCGCCAUUGUCACCGAGAGUGCUGGAGGAGGCUCCUUCAUUGUCAUCCCCGUUGCCCAGUCAGGACGUAUUGAACCUCACAAUCCAAAGGUUUGUGGUCACCAAGGCAAUGUGUUGGAUAUCAAGUGGAACCCUUUCAUCGACAACAUAAUCGCCUCCUGCUCUGAAGACUCGUCUGUGCGAAUAUGGGAGAUUCCCGAGGGAGGACUGCGGCGAAACAUGACGGAGGCCGUGCUGGAGCUGUACGGCCACAGCCGGCGGGUGGGCCUGAUCGAGUGGCACCCCACAAGCAGCGGCAUCCUCUUCAGCGCUGGUUACGACUACAAGAUCUUAAUCUGGAACCUUGAGAUCGGAGAGCCGGUGAAGAUGAUUGACUGCCACUCGGACGUGAUCCUCUGCAUGUCCUUCAACACGGACGGCAGCCUGCUGGCCACCAGCUGCAAGGACAAGAAGCUGCGUGUGAUUGAGCCUCGAUCUGGCCGAGUCUUACAAGAGGCUAACUGCAAGAACCACAAAGUAAACCGGGUGGUGUUCCUGGGCAACAUGAAGCGGCUGCUGACGACGGGAGUGUCUCGUUGGAACACUAGACAGAUUGCAUUGUGGGAUCAGGAGGAUCUGUCCAUGCCCAUCGUGGAGGAGGAGAUCGAUGGGCUGUCAGGGCUGCUGUUCCCCUUCUACGAUCCAGACACACACAUGCUGUAUCUGGCUGGCAAGGGAGAUGGGAAUAUUCGUUACUAUGAGAUCACCUCGGAGAAGCCAUACUUAAUGUAUCUGAUGGAGUUUAGAUCCCCAGCACCUCAGAAGGGACUAGGUGUGAUGCCAAAGCACGGCCUUGAUGUGGCUGCCUGCGAAGUCUUCCGGUUCUAUAAGCUGGUGACGCUGAAGGGCCUGGUCGAGCCCAUCUCCAUGAUCGUGCCUAGGAGGUCCGAGACGUACCAGGAGGACAUCUAUCCCAUGACCGCCGGGACAGAGCCGGCCAUCUCCGCUGACGAGUGGUUAAGUGGGAUCAACAGAGAUCCUGUCCUCAUGUCUCUGAAAGAAGGCUACAGCAGGCCCAGCCAGCUGGUCUUCAAAGCCCCUGUGAAGGAGAAGAAGAGCGUGGUGGUGAAUGGGAUCGACCUGUUGGAGAACGUUCCACCCAGGACGGAAAACGAGCUCCUACGGAUGUUCUUCAGGCAACAAGACGAGCUGCGACGGCUGAAGGAGGAACUCACCCAGAAGGAUGUUAAGAUCAGACAGCUGGAGCUGGAGCUGAACAACCUACGGAACAACCCAAACAACGUCUGAGCAGAGGAGGGCGGGGCAUCGGGGGGCAGUGCCCGCCCUGGCCACCUGUGAGAUAUCUCUCCGAGCCCCUGGCACUGCCGAAUUUCCGACGGCAACGCGCCUCCCUCCUCUCCUUUUAGCAUGCCCAGCAGGGGCAUUUGUUUGUCACUAGGCGAUGCCCCUUCCCUGGCGUGUGCUCCAGAAACUUCUUCAGGGGUAGAGAGAUCCUCCUCCCAGUGAACCCCCGAGCUAACUUCUCCCUCUCCCUCUCCCUCGCCCACUGCCACUUGUGCUGUGGGGAGCUCCGUCUCCCAGUGGGGAGCCGUGUGUGAGAGAUCUGCACCCAUGGGUGUGCAUGUGAACUGUGUAAAGAGGGAACACAAAUAUGUUUUACUACAGGGCUUUUGCUUUUUCCUUUUCCCCCCAUGAGUGUCUCAACUGCAGAAGUUGACAUCUGGAUUUGAAUGGCUUUCAUCAGCUAUAUUAGCCUGUUUCUGAAGGUAGAUGAUUUUCCGUCUCUGUACUUUCAACCUGCCUCUAAAAUAGUAGUAUUUUACUUUUACUAUGGUAAUUAUUUAUUUUGAUAUGCUCUUUUUGUUUUAGGCUCUGUUCUUUGUAGUCGAGUUCAUCUCAGUAAAUAUUUACAGAAAACAAAGAAUAGUACCGUAAUUUACAGGUAUGUCUUAGUUGUUCCUCAAGAGCUAAGACUCUGAAAUGAACUGUGUCGGUGAUGCAUCUCUUUGGUCAGGAUCUUCAUUGGAGACCAGUGCCAUGUGCCAAGACCAAGGUAAUGUUGUCAACACGUUGGUGUGCAAACCAUAUCUCUCAAGGAAAUCACUCAAUCUGGCCUCCACACAGUGAACUCAAUGAAGUAUUGCAAGGUGUGUUCUGUAUGAGUGAGGUUCUUUUUUUAACCAUGUAAGUGAGAAAGCGAGAGUGAUAAACGAGAAAGCAAGAGUGUCUGUUAGUUCUGAUAAAAACAAAGACACCCUUAGAGAGAUUUGUAAUGGUAUUUCCUUAGUAGAAUUAGCCUUAGAGAAACGUUAGGAUUCACACCCGUAUAAAGAAGUAGAAUGCAGUAAUACCAUACCAAACACUGAAACAGAUAGAUAUAGACGGUCAGACUGGUCGUAGCGAGGCUGAAUGUGUUAAAUUGAGCGAAGUAAAACAAUGAGUUUUUGGGUCACCCUACAAAGUUUUUUCUUGAAGCUUCAUACUCUACAUCAGUUGCAUUUAACCUUAGAUUUAAAUGUGGGCUCAGUUCCUGAAGUCAAAAGGGAAGUCUUUAUCCUGGCUUCAACAACACCUCUCAGUGCAGUCACAGCAUUGGGGUUUAACUAAACCAUCAAAAUCUCUUAUGUGAUUUAUUUGGCCUGAAUACAACACCAAACUCGUAUUUUUGUGAGCAAUGCAGGUUUAUGUUGGAUUUGUAUCCACGCAGUGUUCUGUUGGCAAAAAAGUAAUGUGUGUUAUUUUAUUGCCAAUCAAUUUCCAACCCUGAAACUUUGGUAAGUGUUUUUAGAAAAGUUCGUCUUGGGAUUUUACAUGUGUAUCAUAAAAGUUUCCUCAGCUCGCUGAAAGAACCAUUCCUGUUUGCUGAUGAGAACAACUUGUUUCGUGGAGGCAGAGGUAAUUGGUGGAGGCCGAGGUCACAGAUGGAAUCAGCAGGUUGGAUGAAAGGGGGAAUUAAAACAUUGCAGGUUACUCUUCGCGUGGAAUAAACAUUGACAACAUGCAUUACAAUAACAUUGUCCACAUGACCCAUUAUCCCCGACUUGUGAAAGUGUCCACAGUGGUGUCUGGUGGUGAGUUAAGUAGGAUGGUUGCCGAAGUUCUUUUAAACUCAAGACUGAGCUCAAGUUAGUUAAGACCGAUCACCAGUUGACCCAUAAACACUGCGCACCUCAACACAACAUGUGCUACUAAUAGUACACCCUAUAACCUCAUGAUGCUGAUAGGCCUAAACUGUUUGUGUAAAUAAACGUAUACGUGUCCUUGUUUGUCUCAGAAGUUGUAAGAUUUCAUAGUUUCCCAGCUUCUGGCAGGUCUUAGGAUAUAAAGUCAACAACCAUGUACACAGCUGAAAAAAACAAUGAUGUGGUUGGGUAUUAAAAUAAUUCUCACAGUAA